AUGUUCGCGGGCAGCAUGCAGAUCGUAGAGCAUUUUCAUGAGAAGCUUCUUCUGCCCGACGAAGAGUUCGCGCUGCUUGAGGCGGCAGUGGCGGCCGCGGAGCGGGAAGCGGCUGCGCGGAAAGCUGCGCGAGCGGGUAGUUCCGCGGAGGUAGUGGCGGAACACCCGCGGGUGGACAGGGGGGAAUCCGCGCACGCGCGGAACGAUGCGCGCCGGUGCGGGGGGCGGAGCGAGUUUGCGGGAAGCAGCGCGGCGGCAGCGUCGCCUCAAAAGUCGCUUCUUGCUUGGAUGCGACCCGAGGCGCUUUUUGAGGCACCUUUUCAGGCUCCGAAAGUGGCGGAGCCUGCAACAAGUAGGUCUCUAUUUCCGGACAUUGAGGACGUGGCGAAGCGCGAUGCGCUUUCGGCGGAGUGUACACGUGGCGUUGCUGCAGGCGCUGAUGGUUGUGCGGGGGAGCGCGAGGCAGGAACGGAGGCUCGGGGAUUGAGUACAGAGGCUCGGGGAACAGGUUCAGAGGAGAGGGGGACGCAAUCAGAGGCACGGGAAGCCAGAGAAGGGGCGCUGGAGGUUCGGGCAAGGCACGUGGCACGGCGGCCAUUGGAUUGCAAGCACAAUCAACGGCUGUCCGUUACCGAUAUCACAGACGCGGAGUGGUGUGAGCAGCGGGUCGUGUUUUCUCUCUCCCGCGGCAAACCUUUGCCAACAGCAGCAAUGAGGGCGGGCGCGGAGAGGCAUGCAGCAUUGGAGAGGGAGGUGGUGGAAGCAGUGGAGGUGGCGGUGGAAACCAGGGAGGACGCGUGGGCGCUCAGACUGCUGGGGGCCGCUGCAAGAGUGCUCGCUCUGGGGGAGGCCUUGAGGGGGACGAUGGGGGGAGGGUCAGGGACGGGCUUUGAACGCUCAAUGGGAUAUGGUUCCGAUUCACAGGCGAUCAACUCUCAGUCAUCCACUGAGUCCAAUGAGUCCGAUGUGCCCAUGCUGCCUGCACCGCAACCUCACUCCACUAGACGCCCUGGCAGGGAUGGGGGCAACAAGGGAGGCGCGGAGGGAUGUGGUGGGGGAUGCGGGGAGGGUGGCGGCGAGGGAGGAGCAGGGGGAGGAGUGGGGGAGGGCGGGUCUGGGUGGCGUGUGAUGGUGGUGGAUACCAAGACUCGCGUGCGCCCCCGACCCCCCAGGACAGCACAGAGCAGAAACAGCAGGUUGCAGCUCAUGUGCUACAGCGCGCUGCUGAGCAGCAUGAUUCAGCAUGGCGUGCCUCAGGAGCCCUUCUUCUCCUGCUUCCGCCUCCACCCCCAUACCGCGCUCUCCCCGCAAGUGCUCGAGCAUGCUGCAGAGGUUUUUCCGCGGAGAAAGAUCGCAUGUCUAGCUGACGUCACGAGUGCGGUUUCUCACGCCUUCCAGUCGCUGCAGCCGCUGCACUCGACCCUGCUAUUACGGUAUGAAUGGCAGGCCGAUGGCUCACUCAUUUGUGAGGAUCGUUUCGCCUACGAUCCCCACUGGCUGCAAGCUAGCAUCGCCACGAGCCUCGAGUUCUGGCUCGGGCGCCGCCGCCCCUUCUUCGUGCCUCGUGAAGAGGCUUGGAAAUGCUCUUGGUGCUCGUUUGCGCCAGUGUGCCGCCCGGAUUUGAGGUGGAAAGGGCAAGCAGGGCAAGGGGGCAUGCCUCAGACCUGA